GAGGGUAGGUAGGCAGGAGCUGGAGAACCAGUCGGUGGCGCGGAGGGAGAGGAACUGCUCCUUAGCCGUUCUCCCUGCUUUUUGUCCCCCCAAGUUCCUCCGACCCCUGCUCCGUGUGGGCUUGGGCUCGGGUCCCCCAGGGUCACUCUCAGACUCCCCACCCCACUCUUACUUUAUCCUGGGCCCCCAAACUUCCGCCCCCCACUCCACCUCCCCAGGCCCUCGUUCCCCUCUCUUCCAUUUCUCCCUCCUCUCCCAAGUCCUAGCUCCGACUCCUGCACACCACUUCGUGCAGAUUCUCCUCCUGUCCCCCUGCUCUCUUGCCGCUUCGGACCCCAACUCCUUAGUUCCUCUCCCCAGUCUGCGCCCGCCCCAGCAGCAGGGCAAGGACUGAGGACCCAGACAGGCAGGGCCCCAGGGGCCGGAGCCCCCGAAGAUGUCCUGGCACCGGCGGUGGCCGCGCCCUUGGCUCCUGUGGCUGCUCUUGAGGCCGCUGCUCCAGCCCCAGGUGUGGGCUGGACAGUUGUGCCCCAGCGGGCUCUUCCCUUGGGGAGGUCUGUGCUGUAACCGCUGCCCCCCAGGCUGGAGGACCCCAGAGCCCUGUGGAGAAGUUGAUGCGCAGUGUAGACCAUGUCCUUCCAAUGAGACCUCACCCCUAGAAGGCACUUCUGAGCCCUGUCAGCCAUGCUGCAGCUGCCCCCUUGGACAUUUUCUCAACAGCACCCACCACUGCCAGCCAUGCAAGGCUUGCCCGCCGGGCAACGAAGCCAGGAUUCCUUGUGGGAAGGGAACAGACACCGUGUGUCAGCCCUGUCCCCCGGGCACCUACUCCAAGGAGAGCAGCAUCCAGGAGCCCUGCAAGGCCUGCACCCACUGCAAUCAGAGCAAAGUGGUGGUCCUGGCCUGCACGCGCCUCUUCGACACCCUUUGCAUGGAUGAGGAACUGCACACCCUGAUCCGAGAUGCAGAAGCCAAGGGUGCAGACUUGAAUGUCUCCUCCACCUUCCCUGCGCCUCCUCCGGAUUCUGGCAUCAUCAUUCCCAUCUACUGCUCCCUACUGGCCGCUGUGGUGGUGGGCCUCUUGGCUUACGUUGCUUUCAAGUGCUGGAGAACCUGUAAACAGAAACAACAGUUGGCCAAGGCUCGGGCUGGGGAGCUGGGGGUCACUGAGGGGGAGAAGCUGAACAGUGAUAGCAGUAUCUGCCUGGACACAACAGGACUCCAUGAACUCCAUGGAUUGGGCAAAGGGGCCCAGCUGGAGCCGUGUCGGUGGCAUCUCUAUGGGCAGCUCCCCAGGGGGCAACAAGAGGAGGUGGAGCAGCUUUUGGAGGCGGGCAGCCCAGCAGGCUGGCAGGUCUUGGCUGAGCAGCUGGGUUUUGAAACUGAGGCUGUGGAAACUAUGGGCCGGGACCCAGCACCUGCUCACACUCUGCUGAAUAACUGGGCUACUCAGGGUGGGUCCGGAGCCACCCUGGAGCGCUUGGAGGCAUCGCUGAGGGCGAUAGGCCGAGAGGAUGUGGCUAGGGCUCUGUCUGGUUCUGAUGAGGGUAACUCCAUGGUAUGAAUCUCAGGCCUGGGUCUGUUGACCUGGGGCUUUCCCUCCACCACCUUGCUUCUCUCAGGGAAACAUGGUUGGCUUUGAUUUCAGGGUCCACCUCCUCUAUACCUCUGAUCCAGCCAGGCCCCUUGUGUCCUUCCUCUGCCCAUGGACCAUUACCCUGGGCCCAGGAGACUGUUGUCAUGUCUGUUGGAUAGGAAUAGUUUUGGGUCCCUGCUUGCCUGACCCAGGGAAGUCCCUUGAGAUAGGGGCUGGAUGGAGUAAUGGAAGGCUCUCUUGAUCCUCCUGCCAGGGUGGGAAGCUUCCAGUUCUUUGGGGGUAGGAAUUAGGUAGAUGGAGAGGGUCUCCAAAUCUUUAUAUCCACCCCAGUGUUUGGUCUCAUCAUUUUUGUUUACAAAUUAAAAAAGAACGUGUCUAA